CUUUCUUCCUUUCCCUGGUGCCCUCUGCUGCAUUCUUCUUUCUUUGACGGCCAGUCCUGGUUUCUGACAAUGUAACCUCAGCUGGAACUUAGCUAUUCAAGUACACUGCACCCAGUUUUGGUUCUUUGCCAGGAUUAAACCCACGAUAUUUUACAAUUUGUAUACGAACCCCGAUGAAGUGUUUCUAGGAGAUGGCUGCCCUGUAACCCAUGUUUUGCCAAAUGUCUACUAUGAGUUUUUCUACCAUCCUCAUGACUGUGGUAUUGUAACUCAACCGCUCAGGGAAGUUCUUCUGCUUAAAACAAAAAUUAAGUAUAUCUCAAGAGACUCUACUGUCCGAUGUGAAAUGCCUCUGUCAUGUGUUGUCCGCAAUCAGCAUCCUCUUUUAAAUGCAGUUGAAACGAGAGAUGGGGAAACUCACAAUGUUAAUGAAUGGGAGAUAGAGGUGAGGAUACACAUUGCGAAUGAAGACACGGCAGUAACUUCUGCAACACAAUCUUGUGUCUAUAACCUGUUCUGAAACCUGGCUCCAGGUCAAACUUAGACGAACGCCACUGUUAAAUGACCUGCAACCUUUGCAAAACGAACUCUCUCUAGGAAUUGGCUGUCCUGUAAACAUGGUCGAGGUGGAUUUCUUUGGGUUCCUGUAUCUUCUAACUUUUUGUGGCAUCAGAGUGAGCGAACAUGGAGUAGGUAUGCUCAUUGAAAGUUUAAUUGUGUAUGAGCCACCGAAUUUUGACUUCAAUUUACACAUCCCAGUAUCAUGCUAUGUGCAAAGAAGGUUUCCAAUAAUCUUAGUGAUGAGAAGGGGACAGAAUGACAACCGUCGUGAAUGCAGAAGGUCAGUGGGACAGCACUGCUCACUAUCACACAAACUUGAAGACCUGGGAAUCCGUCCAAGAGUGCCAAGACUGUCCUAUGUGAACAGUGUUCCCUUGUUGAGCUACCUAAUUGUAUCCCUUCCUAAGUGUAAGAACAAAGCUAUACAUUCUGGAUGAUGAGGCCACCCUAUUUCACGUGGUACUCUGGCCACUUGAGGAUUUCAUUGCCUUUUAGAAG